AUGUCUUUACCCAUGCUUCUAGCUCUGACUGUCUGCCCAGCUAUGCUGGGUACGCAAGAAGCUAUCAGACAGUCUCAGGCAAAGACGAAGCGUGAAGAACACCGUGGCCGACGCUGCAACUUAGUUGUCUCUUGUGUCAAGCCGAGUAUCAGAUCUCGAGAUAUCAACAACAAACUUGUUGUCUUGAAAGAUUCAAAGCUUUAUAUCGCCAAUGAGCACCCACUAUACAACCAUGAUCCUAAAAACAAUGUCAGCAAAGGCUACGCCUUUUCAGGAUACUUCCUCCCCUUCCCAGACACAGAGUACGAGGGUCUCGUCACUACCAUUAGUGAUGACCCUCCGUUCUUGAACUGGAUCUACAUUGACAAGAAGACAUAUGAAGUCAAGUACGGUGUUCGUGCCGAUACAGAGGGUCACAUCACUGGUCCAUUUGACUGCACCAAGCAAGACCGUCGCAUGACUUGUGAGGGCUGGGAGGGCUUCUGCGCUGUCGAAGAACUCCCCGGCAUCUGGGCACUGUACUAUGACCGCGACGAUGAUGGCCUCAAGUCAAAGGUCGCCAUGGGCACUCGCGUACUAGAAGUAGAGCUCACCAGGCGAGAGAAGAAGGAGCCCAAGCCUGUAGGAGAUCCUGAACAGCCCAUGACCAUGGAUGAGAAGAUGAAGCAGCACAAAGAGCAAACCGCCAAAGACGAAGCCGAACGUGCUGCCUUUGUCGCAACUGGCCGUCAUCCAGGCGCUGAGCCACCUUCCCCAGCUUAUAAGCCUGACCAGAAGAAGAACGGGCUCUUGGACCCAGACUCCAAGGAAGCUAAGCGCCAGCGUAUCGCCGAUGCCCUGAGCCGCCUGAAUAUUGAUAGCCCCACCAAGAGUGAAGGAGGGUCAGAUGGAAGUAUCUUGACGAGCCUGAGCCAGGACUUCUCAAUCUUCUCAAUGGCCAAGAAGUUGACUGGGGACGAGGGUGGUACAGUGGCUAGUUCAGUUUGGGAGCCAGAGAAAGAGAAGGACAAGAACCACAAGAAAAACGAUUCUACGAGUGAGGCGGGAUCGUAUAGGAAGCCUACUGUUGAAGAUGCUACGUCAUAG